AUGCUUCCAAAGCAGCACUUGGAUAACAAUAGAAUUACGGAGGAAUUAGAGGCUGCAAAGAUCACUGCACAGAUUUCUAUCGCACAAAUAAGUGUUCUCAUCACAAGUCUCAGCCAAGAAAAUUACAGGCAAGUGGAACGAGAGAUUCACGACCUUUUACAGAGAUCUCCCAUCCAGGUUUACGAAAAUUACUGGAAAAAAGUACUGCCUCUAGCGUCUGUGCACAUCAAACAGCACGGCAAACUCGACCCAAAAGCAAACUUACUGCAUCGUCUGCUCUACCGUCUAUUUCAAGAUCUUCCGCUGAAGAGCCCAGAAGUCGUAAAGACAGUCAGGAAUAACGUUUUUUUGAAUCCCGAAGUUCAAGCUCAAACCGGCUUGAAGUUGGAGGAUUUUUUGCAAACACUAGAUCCCACAAACGACCAGCAGACUAUCAGCUUGCUAGACCCUGCUCCAACAAUCGACCGUCUCACCCGCUUAAAAAACCUCACAAUGAACGCAACCUUAUCUUUGCAGCACUUUUUGACCACUGAGUCUCCCAACACACUGGAGCAGAACUUGAGCAGCCUCCUAUGCUCUCUGGGCGGUGAAAAUCUCAACGACUUUGUCGCUCUCAUCUUAUCAGAAAUUUUAGCCCCACGCUCGCAAAACAUUCAACAGCCAAACUCAGCAUGGUUCACACCGGUAGCAAUUGGAGAGGCAGGCCAAAGAGGGACGCAACUAUCUAAUGCUUUCACCAAACUGGGUCCAUCAGCUGUCAACUGGAACCGCGUUUUCAAUCUGAUGUCCACAAAAUACUUCUUGGACCUUCCAAUUUCUGUUUCAUUAGCAUCACUAAACCAGCUACUGGCAGCUUUGAAUCGGGGCCGCCUUAUCGAUCAAUUUUUGAGUUGUGAUUGGAAUAUCCAGUUCAAACUCAACAUCUGCCUCCUGUUUCACAAAUGGAACUUACAGCACGGUUGCAUUGAUCUCUUAAGCAUGCCGGAUAUCAAGAAAAUUUCCAAUAUCAAUUUGAGAUCCAACUCGACAAAAACGCUGUUGUCGCUCAAAUCAAUUGCGCGGCUUGAUGUCGAAAUUUUUCUGUUAAGAGAAGAGCUUGCAGGCAAUCCUAUGCUACCUAUCUUUCAGGAAUGUUUUUUCGAAGAUUACGAUCUGGCUCCAGAGUAUUUAGCGUUGGCAGUGAUGACAGAGGCAAAACACUUCUCAUUGCUCGUAGACAACGCCGCAGUAAUUGACGAUCUACUCAUAACGCUACUCGUGAAAGUUUUCGAGAAAAUGCCAAUGUCUAUGGCCGAUCUCAUAAAACAGUUACCAUUUGAAAAGGUGGUGGAUCUCGGAAUUGUGAUUAUCCGUAAAGAAUCUUCCCCGCUUUCCGCAUUUUUGCAGAUCCUAUUCGAUGAAAACCUUCUGGAACGGUUUUUGAACAAUUUACCAUUUAUCGAGGCACUAAAGGCCACCCCAGGUGCGAAGAGAGCUGGCUGGACGGCAUUCGAAGAAUUUAUGAAAAAGAACCUGACACAUGAGACUGUACCACUUAUACUUCAGUUCCUAGAGCUUCAGUCCAAAAUGGAGGAAUCAAGUACACCUUUCUAUUCAUCAAAAGUUUACGAUCUUUCUGCAUUACACUAUAUCAUUAAUCUGUUGAGCUCAUUUCCCUUGAGUCAGGCUCAAAGGGAGAGCUUGGAAAACAUCCAGUUUUCCUUGAUUAUAGCAUUCCCAAGAUUAAUAAAUUUUGGGUACGGUCGUGACAAAGCGAUUCUAGCUAAUGGUGAACUGGUCCCAAUUCCAAUGGACGUUGAAAAGGAGAUGCAAAACUAUCUUCAAAAGAUGUAUAGCGGAGAGCUAGCCAUAAAGGAUAUCAUAGAAAUUCUGAGGAAGUUGAGGGACAGUGACGAUCCUCACGAUCAGGAUUUAUUUGCUUGCAUGACCCACGCUGUGAUUGCGGAGUCCAACUUUUUCAAAGACUACCCUCUGGAAGCUUUAGCCACUACCUCCGUACUUUUCGGAUCAAUGAUUCUGUUUCAGCUUCUGAGGGGAUUUGUACUGGACAUUGCAUUUAACGUUAUUCUUAAAUUUGCAACAGAUGGCACAGACUCGAAAAUGUUCAAAUUCUCUGUCCAAGCCCUCUAUGCUUUUCGGAUGAGGCUAAAGGAGUUUCCACAGUAUUGCAGACAUUUGAUAGAAGCCGUUCCAGCUCUUCAAAGCCAACCUCAAAUAUAUCAGACUUUGAGUCAAGCGGCCGCCCAGUCAUCUGAAAGAUCGACUAAUGGCCAAAAUAACAUGCACAGGGCUCCUGAAAUGGUAACGCUGAAUUUCUUUGCCAUCAACGAAGUUCCCCCACAAGUCAUUCAAGAAAGCCCACCCAAAGAGGUGACCGAAAAAAUAUUGUUUAUUGUGAACAAUAUAACGGAUGAUAAUUUCGACGGUAAGAUCGAAGCAUUUAAGUCAAAUCUCAAGGAUGCUUACUACGGAUGGUUUUCAAACUAUUUGGUUAAUCAGCGUGCCAAAACCGAGCCAAAUUAUCAUUCAUUAUAUGCAAGGCUGGUGGAUUCCUUGAAUUCUGAUCUUCUUUUCGAGUAUGUGCUGAACGCGACUUAUAAACAGUUGCUACUAUUGUUGUCAACUAAAGACAUUCAAUCUAAUGAAAAGAAUUACCUGAAGAAUCUGGGGGCUUGGCUUGGGAAUGUAACACUUGCUUGUAACAAACCUAUUAAGCACAAAAACAUUGCCUUCCGCGAACUGCUGCUUGAUUCUCACCGUGGAAAUCGCCUUGACGUCGUUGUACCUUUUGUGACAAAAGUUCUUCAACAGGCAGCGAAUUCAAAGGUUUUCAAACCACCUAAUCCAUGGACACUUGGGAUUCUGAAAGUCUUGCGGGAACUCAACCAAAAAGCUGGCUGGAAGCUGAAUUUGACAUUUGAAGUUGAGGUGUUAUUUCAGACCUUGAAGCUGAAGCUGAGCGACGUCGAACCUGCAGACUACAUGGACAACGCUGAUAGCGUUGCAAUAUUAAGUGGCAAACUGACAGUUUCGAAUGCUGAACAGCAGCAAGCUGAACAGCAACAACAAGUUUUAGUCAUGCAACAAUACCAACAACAGUUUGUUGUCCUACAACAACAACAACAACAACAACAACAACAACAACAACAACAACAACAACAACAACAACAACAACAACAACAACAGGUGACACAACAGCAACAACAACAGCAACAUGUGACACAACAACAACAACAACAACAACAACAACAACAACAACAACAACAACAACAACAACAACAACAACAACAGGUGACACAACAACAACAACAACAGGUGACACAACAACAACAACAACAGCGGCAAAGAGGUCUUUCUGUAGGAAACUCGGUCAAUGUUGAUCAAUCUUCGGUCACUGAUGCCCAAACAACCGAGACUCCAUUUAGCACAUUGCUUGGAAACACGUUGUUCGUCACACACCCUGAUCUCAAGCGCGUUUUUCAGAUGGCUAUUGCCAAGUCAGUCAGAGAGAUUCUCGUUCCUGCAGUGGAUAAAUCCUCCAGUAUAGCAGUAAUCACUACAGUCAACAUCAUACUGAAAGAUUUUGCUACCGAGGUCAAUGAAAUGAAGCUUAAAACUGCUGCAGUGACUAUGGUGAGGCACUUGGCUCAAAGCCUGGCGCGAGCAACUUCCAUCGAACUCCUAAAAGAUACCAUCCGCUCCACCACACAGUCUCUUGCACCCAACUUGAUGAACGUUCCCAAUUCGCCUAUUGAAGAACUCAAUACUGCCAUAAAUGACAAUAUUGGAGUAGCGCUAGGGCUUAUCGAAAAAGCUACUAUGGACAAGGCCACUCUCUACAUAGGAGAGCAAUUGAUGCAAGCUGUCGCGGUAAGAAGAUAUCACAAAGAAAGAAGAUCUGACCAGGUCUUCCUUGCUCAAAAUGCCAAUCCCUACUCGCUGAACUUACCUGAGCCAUUGGGCCUGAAGGCUACCGGCGUAACACCCCAGCAAUUUAGAAUAUAUGAGGAGUUUGGGAGCAGUAGCUUGAUAAGCUCCAACUUACCUAUUGAAGGACCUCCCAGCCAUCCACCGCAACAAGUGUUUGGCCAGCAGCAGCAGCAGCAGCUUCAACAACAACAACAACAACAACAACAACAACAACAACAACAACAACAACAACAACAACAACAACAACAACAACAGCAGCAGCAAUUGUUGCUUGAACAGCAGAAACAGAUUCAGCAACUUCAAAAACUUCAGUUCCAACAGCAACAGCAACAACAAUUUCAGAAUCAACAGCGGCAAGACUUGGAACAAGAGCAAGGACGAGAAAUUGAAGAUGAGGCACAAGAACUAGACCCAAAACCAUCACAACAACAGCAACAUCAUCAACAACAGACUCAACAACAGCCCCAACAACAUUUGCAACAGCUACAGCAGCCUCAACAGAAUCAUGUUCUGUUACAGCAAUUGCAGCACUCACAAGGACAGUCUCAACCAGGUACACCACAACUGCAGCCUCAAGCUGCUGUUCAGGCCGAGUUAGAGCAAAGUCACAGGGUUUUGGUGUUGUUAAUGGACAAUCUUGUUGCUCAGAUUAAGGAAAACGCUAAUAAGGUUCUUGCAACCUUGGGCCCAAAUAAUGAUAUCAACGAUAUUUUACUUCAAAUUUUGACCCUAAUCUCCAGAAGUAAUCAGAAAGAUCAGCUUGCGCUGAAGGUAUCCCAGGCCGUUGUUAAUAGCAUGUUUGCCACGAGCGAAAGUCCACUUUGUAGAGAAGUUCUUGCUUUGUUGUUGGAGAAACUUUGCUCGCUUUCGGUGGUAGCAAGAAAGGACGUGGUUUGGUGGCUAGUCUACGCUCUCGAUGCCAGAAAAUUCAAUGUUCCGGUGAUACGUUCACUGCUAGAAGUGAACCUCAUCAAUGCCCCUGAGCUCGAUAGUGUACUGGUUGUUGCAAUGAAGAACGGAAUGGAAGGUGCCGUGGAAUUUGCGGUAAAUUUGCUUCGAGAUGUAAUUCUGUCGGACACCCCACUUUUUAUGAGAUCUGAGUUCCUGCAGACUAUCAGUUUCCUAAAAAACGUCAACACAGACUUAACACAUACAUUUUUCGAAUUGUUCGAAAAGUCACAGGUGCUGCCUUUGAGUAAGGUUUCGGGGGCAACCAAUCAAGAGAAAAUGUUCCUUGUCUUCACUGAAUGGGUAAAACUUCUUCAAAGAGUGCCUGAAAAUGAUAUCAAAGUGACCGUCUUCAUUCGUCAAAUGAUGGACAAGGGCGUCAUCAACUCGACUGACAACAUGAUUCAGUUUACCAAGGCGGCCAUCGAACUGUCAGUUGGGUCCUUCAAGGAAAGUGAUCCUACCAGCGAGGUCUUCAUCGCUACAGAUGCCUUUAGCAAGCUCAUUGUCAAGCUGUUGGUGCUGCAAGAUUUUACGGCAUUGAGUCGCUCCGAGUACCUCCGUUUAAUGAUUUCCGUGAUCACAAUGGUAUUCUCCGAGGACCAGGGCAUGGCAGACAAUAGCUUCAAUGAAAGGCCGUACUUUAGACUGAUUUCAAGCUUACUGUGCCAAUGGGAAGAUGUCAGUGGUCACAACUUCAUCAAAAUUCAGGAUCAACAGUUCAGAAACGAGCUAAUCGAAUUCACGCCAGAAUUUUACAACAUAAUAGCGUCGUUCUUGCAUGCUUUCCAGCCCAUCGCUUACCCUGGAUUUUCCUUCGCUUGGAUUACUUUAAUUUCACACAGAAUGUUCUUGCCCAAGAUGUUGAGUCUUCCGGGUAAAGUUGGUUGGUCGAAGUUGAUCUUACUGUUCACGGACCUUCUCAAGUUUAUGGCUCAAUACACGAAGAAGAACGAUGUACCCGACGCUGUUUCAGUGGUUUACAAGGGCGCUCUUAGGGUAUUCUUGGCAGUGGCGAACGAUGCUCCAGAAUUUUUGGUAGAGAACCACUACGAGUUGCUCAACAAUUUACCACAUGUUUACAUGCAACUACGCAACGUGAUCUUGAGUGCCAUUCCUAAGAGAAUGGUUCUUCCAAACCCUUACGACCCACAGCUAAGUAUUGGUGACGUUGAGUCGUGUCAGCAUGUACCUAACGUGUUCUACGAUCCGGUUCAAGACCUGAAGAACCUUAAGAAACCAGUCGACAACUACUUGCGCAUUCCAAGUGCGUCUCUCCUUAGAGUAAUUUCCACCGGUAUUUUCAAGGCUGACCAACAGAAGGAUAGCGGUAUCGGCUAUGACUCGGUAUCCGUCGAUACCAAGCUAAUCAACGCUAUUGUCUUGCAUGUCGGGAUUGAGGCAGCACUGGAGAAAGACAAGACGACCGCCACCGCUAUAUUCAACACAAAGUCCUCUUACUAUGCGCUUUUGGCCAGCAUGUUGAGUGAGGGGACUACGGAAGUUAGGUUCCACGUUGUGCAGGCAAUUGUUAAUCAAUUGCGUUAUCCAAAUGCACACACCCUCUGGUUCAAUUACGUUUUAAAAAACCUCUUUUUGUCCGAGGAGUGGGGCCCCAGCUUUGCCGAAAUACAGGAAAUCAUCAUCAGGACGUUGCUCGAACGCGUUGUCACCAACAAGCCACAUUGUUGGGGUAUCAUUGUAACUUUCACGGAGCUGCUCAAAUCAUCCGAGUGUUCGAUCAUGACACUUCCGUUUGUCAAAGAUGUUCCUGAGGUUGAACACAUCAUCAAGCACCUCUCAAAGUACAUUAUCAAUGCUAGCGACACGGUGAAGGUUGACGGAAAAGGUGAAGGUCAAUUGGUAGCGUCGGAAGCCUAA